AAACGGCGCUAUUUUUGACGAGUUGCUUCGUCCAUUUCGUUCGGCCAUCGUCACCAUUCCAGCCGGCUUUUGCAGCUUCACACACUUGAACUUGGGCUGUUUGGUUGAUUAGUUGGAUUAUUUGGGAGUAGUAUUUUGUUAUCAAUUUCUUGCUGUGCGAGAGUGUUUUGGCUGUGCUUGUUUGAGUAAGAGGUCGUAGUCGUAGUCUUUUGUUUGUGCCAUCAAUACAUUCCAGUUUCAAGAUGAGCUCCAGCAUGAAUGCCACCCAAAGCGCCGUUUACCGGGUCAACACGGACCGCACGUUGUUCGAGUUCGUGUCGGAGCAGAAGAACGCCCUGGCCGGGUCCAUCGCGGGCGUUCCCGUCGACGAGGUGCUGUACCAGAUUGACCUGGCGCUGAGCUUCAUGCGGUACUACAUGGACCAGGAGGACGACGGCCUGCUGGACGAACCAAACUGCAAGCACCGGGUUGUGCUGGACUCUCGCAAGUCUGUGUUUGAGAUUCUCCUGGAUUUGCACUCGGCCAUGCGGGCCACCUGCGUUGGGUUCGAGCUGUACGUCGUAGGGGAAGAUGUCGCGAAGGUCGAGUUCGUGAAGAAGCUGCUGGAGUUUCCGAACUUUAGCUCGGGCGCCGAGGUGUUGAGCAUUUCGAACUCGAACUUGGCCGUGGCUUACUGUACGAUGAUCGUGUUUGAGUCGAGCGAUUUGGAGUCGGCUACGGAUGUGCUGGCUAAGGCCUGGGUCAACUGUUCGGUUCCGUGGACGGUGCACAACGUGCUGGUUCAGGAGACCGUUCAGGAGAAGUUCAUCUUACUGCUGGAGAGCAAGCUGAAGCCAUUUUUGGACAACGUGCCGUACGAAAAAGAGAUGCGAGCAGCCGUGAACAAAGCCUCGGAAACCGGGUUCCGAAUGAUCCAAUGUCUGGUUGAUGGCGUGGAGUUGAAACCGACAGUGGUGCACGGAGCUAACGUUGACUUCUUCCUGGAGAAGGAAUCAACGCGUGCGAGUCCAAUUCUGACGCUGAACGCCUUCCGAACCGCCAAGGAGGCAAUCACCCUGGCAAACGCCUCCAACGGAGGAUCCGUUUCGCUCUGGACCGAGGAACUCUCGCUAGCCCUUGAAGUGGCGUACGCCGUCGCGGCCCAAAGUAUCUGGGUGAACUGCCAUGCCGUGUUCAAUCCGGCCUUCCCGUACACGUUCCGCGUGCACGACUACUGCUACGGCUCGGAGUACGCCAUCUGCGAGAAGAAGAUCAAGACUGUGUUUGUGCCAUCGAUCGAGCAGCCUGUCAACUCGACCGAGAAGAACAAGGCGGCCAUCGACGGGCUCGGACUGGUGUCGAAGGAGGUCAAGAACCAGCGGUUCUCGUUCGUGAAGAACGAAAAGAACGUUCACUACGAGAUGGUGAGCAGCGAGUACAAGCUGGACAACUACAAUCCCGAGCAGCGGCUGCAGAUCGUGGACGAGUUUUGGAGCAAGUUCGUGACUAUCGAUACCGCCGACCGGAACCUGGUGCACGACACCGUGUACAACCAGCGGAAGACCGUCGUCAUCCCGUACGGGGUCACCUUUGCCAAUUAGGGGGAUUUGCUGAACUGUGUUGAAUCGUUGUGUUUGAUUGCCGAAGAUUGUUGAAAUAAAUGGAAUGAGAUUGAAGUUUUUAGAUUA